AAUGCUGUUCAGGGUAGAGUGCAGAGCUACAGCUGGCGCUAACAGCUGAGCCUCAGCCAGUGCUAAGGGCAGAGAAGCGGUGAAGCCUCCCUGGCCUCCAGUACUUCAGCACCGAAGACAGCUCCAAAGCCCUCUGGAAGGCCAGGCUCCCGAGGGGAAGUGCACUACCUUUGAGAGGCUGAGAGAUGGAAGCCAGAAGCAAGCCCCAGCUCCUUGUGGUCCUGACACUUUUUAGUGUGCUCUUCUCCCAGACACUGGCCUGGCCUCUUUUCGAACCACCUUCUACUCUGAGUAGGAUGGAUGACAGAGUACCAUUUGAAGAAGCAAAUGAACCUGAUCCAGUUUCAUUAAAUUUAGACUCUGACAUCUUGCAAGAUGCAUUAGCUGAAAGUGACACACCCUAUUAUGAACUAUCCAGAAAUUCGAGACAUGCUGAUGGAAUUUUCACCAAUGACUUUAGUAAGCUGUUGGGUCACCUAUCUGCCAAAAAAUACCUUGAGUCUGUUAUUGGAAAACGAGUUAGCAGUAACGUUGCAGACCGCCCUGCCCUCACCAAACGUCACUCAGAUGCAGUCUUCACCGACAACUACACCCGCCUUCGGAAACAGAUGGCGGUGAAGAAGUACUUGAACUCCAUUUUGAAUGGGAAAAGGAGUUCUUGAAGACAGAUGAGAAAAUACAUUUUGAGUUCUACAUAACUAAUUCAAGAAAAUAACUUCAAUAGCAAAACCAAAUAAAAUAUAUUGUGUUGUGAACAUUGUGAUUUAUUUUAUCCUGAUGUAACAACUGUGAUGUUUACAUUGUAAAUAUUAUUAGAAAGUUCUAAAAUUUGUCUUUAGCUUAUGAAAGGUCUGUCAUUUCAGAUGCUGUAUAUUCUUUCUAACGCAAAUACAUUUAGUGAUAAGUAGAUGGUAAGUUAAUUCCAUUUUUAUGAAGGUUUUUGGGAGAGUAACAAUACAGGCACAUUGAUGGGUUUAUUUAGAGUGUUCACUAUUCAGAAGAGUAGAACAGAUAAGUGGUUUGUCUACGUUUGAAAGUUAGAUAGAAUUUGAAUGCAGAUAGAGUGCUGUGUUAACUAAAUCUCAGAAUACCUAUAAAAACAUCAACAGCUAUUAUUUAAAAAAGACAUUCUUCAAAACACAUUUUCAGGAUAUUCUGUUUUCACCUGUAUAGACUACUUUAUUUCUAGUAGAAUUUUAAAAAUCUCUCAAAUUUAGAUUUCUAUUCUCCAAAGGCUUUCUUCUGACUUAAUGUCUUAGUUGAAAGGAUUGACCUGCACUUAUGACUGUAGACCUUUCCUUUCGUGCUUGUGUGAAGUAUGUGCAAAAUGUAAAUGGAAUAGAGCGCUUGUUUUUCAGGAAUAAAUAUUUUUCCAUAAUCCUUCUGAGUAAUAUUUGGUCAUAUCAGCUUCCUUCAGUGAAAGUAGAUUUGGAGACACAACUAUUUUUCCAAAAUGAUUGUAAGAACUAAAUAUAGAAAAU